GAUGGUUAUAUAAGACCCACACAACGUCAAUUCCGAUUUCUCCAGGAAAAUCUUUGCAAAGCCUUGGACAAAACAGCUCUGGGCAAAGACAUUCUACCAGUGAGUUUCAGAGCGAAGAGAACGGCAGAGUUGGCCCCUCCAUGCCGGCGGAGUUAGAGACUCUCCGUGCCAAUGAACUUAUUAAUGAUGUCCACGAGCAAAAUCAGUCAACAUCCGUCUGCUGGCAGUCGAUUCCCGAACGCCUGUUCGUUUCUCCCAGGGAGGCUGAAGUUGCAGAGAGGAGAGAAAAGAAAGCGAGAACUGGAAUUGCUCAUUGCAGGAAAAGGUGUGGCCCGACAGUGCCCUGCACAGCAGCAGCCCCGCCUGGGAGCAGGGUGGCGGCCAGGGCGAUGUUGGCACCCCCGAAGAUGCCUCAUGGCUGCUGAGAGCACUGCCCGCUUGGGGAGCAGAGUAGCGGGCAUGGUGCACAGUCUGUGGGUGCUGGUGCUGGCGUCCUCGGGGCUGGCUCUGGAAGAGGUGCUGCUGGACACCACUGGAGAGACAUCUGAGAUUGGCUGGCUCACCUACCCGCCAGGUGGGUGGGAUGAGGUCAGCGUCCUGGAUGACCAGCGACGCCUCACUCGGACCUUCGAGGCGUGCCACGUGGCAGGGGUCCCUCCCGGCACGACGCAGGACAACUGGCUGCAGACGCACUUCGUGGAGCGGGGAGGGGCGCAGCGCGCGCACAUCCGCCUGCACUUCUCGGUGCGCGCGUGCUCCAGCCUGGGGGUGGCGGGGGGCACGUGCCGGGAGACCUUCACCCUCUACUACCGCCAGGCCGACGAGCCCGACGGCCCCGACAGCGCCACGGCCUGGCACCUCAAACGCUGGACCAAGGUGGACACGAUCGCCGCGGACGAGAGCUUCCCCGCCUCGUCUGCCUGGGCGCUGGGGCCGCGCGGGGCCGAGCCGCGCGCGGGGCUGCAGCUGAACGUCAAGGAGCGGAGCUUCGGGCCGCUCACGCAGCGCGGCUUUUACGUGGCCUUCCAGGACACCGGCGCCUGCUUGGCCCUCGUGGCCGUCAAGCUCUUCUCCUACGCCUGCCCGUCGGCGCUGCGCGCCUUCGCCGCCUUCCCUGAGACGCAGGCCAGCGGCGCGGGGGGCGCGUCCCUCGUGGCGGCCGUGGGCACCUGCGUGGCUCAUGCGGAGCCCGACGAGGAUGGAGGGGGUCUCCAGGCCGGCAGCAGCCCCCCGAGGCUCCACUGCAACGGGGAGGGCAAGUGGAUGGUGUCGGUGGGGGGCUGCCGCUGCCGGCCCGGCUACCAGCCUGCGCACGGGGACAAGGCCUGCCAAGCGUGCCCCAAGGGCUCGUACAAGGCCUUGUCUGGGGACGCCCCCUGCUCCCCGUGCCCCGCCCGCAGCCACGCCCCCGAGCCUGCAGCCCCCGUGUGCCCCUGCCUGGCAGGGUUCUACCGGGCGGGUUCCGACCCGCCAGAGGCUCCCUGCACUGGCCCCCCGUCGGCGCCCCGGGAGCUCUGGUUCGAGGUGCAGGGCUCGGCGCUCAUGCUGCACUGGCGCCUGCCGCGGGAGCUGGGCGGCCGCGGGGACCUGCUCUUCAACGUCGUGUGCAAGGAGUGCGGGGGCCGCGCCGAGGGGCCCGCGGGGGGCUGCCACCGCUGCCGGGACGAGGUGCACUUCGACCCCCGCCAGAGGGGCCUGACCGAGAGCCGCGUGCUGGUCGGGGGGCUCCGGGCCCACAUCCCCUACAUCCUGGAGGUGCAGGCGGUCAACGGGGUGUCGGAGCUCAGCCCCGACGCGCCCCAGGCCGCGGCCAUCAACGUCAGCACCAGCCACGAAGUGCCCUCCGCAGUGCCCGCCGUGCACCAGGUGAGCCGCGCGCCCAACAGCAUCACUGUGUCCUGGCCGCAGCCCGACCACACCAACGGCAACAUCCUGGACUACCAGCUCCGCUACUACGACCAGGCCGAGGACGAGUCCCGCUCCUUCACCCUGACCAGCGAGACCAACACGGCCACGGUGACGCAGCUGAGCCCCGGCCACAUCUACGGCUUCCAGGUCCGGGCGCGGACCGCAGCCGGCCACGGCCCCUUCGGGGGGAAAGUCUAUUUCCAGACGCUGCCGGAAGGGGAGCUGUCCACCCAGCUGCCGGAGAAGCUCUCGCUGGUGAUCGGCUCCAUCCUGGGUGCCUUGGCCUUCCUCCUGCUGGCCGCCAUCACCGUGCUGGCGGUGGUCUUCCACAGGAAGCGGCGUGGCACGGGCUACACGGAGCACCUGCAGCAGUACGGCAGCCCAGGGCUGGGCGUGAAGUAUUACAUCGACCCCUCCACCUACGAGGACCCCUGCCAGGCCAUCCGGGAGUUCGCCCGGGAGGUGGACCCGGCCUACAUCAAGAUAGAGGAGGUCAUCGGGGCAGGCUCCUUCGGAGAAGUGCGCCGGGGCCGCCUGCAGGCGCGAGGCCGGCGGGAACAGGCCGUGGCCAUCCAGGCGCUGUGGGCUGGAGGGGCCGAGAGCCUGCAGAUGGCCUUCCUCGGCCAGGCGGCCGUGCUGGGCCAGUUCCAGCACCCCAACGUCCUGCGGCUGGAGGGCGUGGUCACCAAGAGCAGGCCCCUCAUGGUGCUGACGGAGCUCAUGGAGCUGGGUCCCCUGGACAGCUUCCUCAGGCAGCGGGAGGGCCAGUUCAGCAGCCUGCAGCUGGUCGCCAUGCAGCGGGGCGUGGCCUCCGCCAUGUGGCACCUGUCCAGCCUGGCCUUCGUGCACCGGGCACUCUCUGCCCACAGCGUGCUGGUCAACAGCCACCUGGUCUGCAAAGUGGCCCGGCUCGGUCACAGCCCGCAGGGCCCCGGUUGCAUGCUCCGCUGGGCCGCCCCCGAGGUGCUCGCCCACGGGAAGCACACGACCGCCAGCGACGUCUGGAGCUUCGGGGUGGUGAUGUGGGAGGUGAUGAGCUACGGAGAACGGCCCUACUGGGACAUGAGCGACCAGGAGGUCCUGAGUGCCAUCGAGCAGGAGUUCCGGCUCCCACCACCGCCAGGCUGUCCCCCUGGGCUGCAUCUGCUGAUGCUGGACACCUGGCAGAAGGACCGGACCCAGAGGCCUCAGUUUGACCAGCUGGUGGCGGCCUUUGACAAGAUGAUCCGCAAACCGGACACUCUGCAGGCUGGCGGGGGGCCGCGGGACAGACCUUCCCAGGCCCUCCUGAACCCCAUGGCCCUGGACUUCCCCUCGCUGGACUCGCCCCAGGCCUGGCUCUCGGCCAUCGGCCUGGAGUGUUACCAGGACAACUUCUCCAAGUUCGGCCUCUGCACCUUCGGGGAUGUGGCCCAGCUGAGCCUGGAAGACCUGCCCGCCCUGGGCAUCACCCUGGCCGGUCACCAGAAGAAACUCCUGCACAACGUCCAGCUGCUGCAGCAGCACCUGCGGCCGCCGGGCUCCGUGGAGGUGUGAGCACUGCCCGCCGAGCCUGUCCCGCCCGCAGGGCAGCCAGGAUAUCGCCCACCCACCCACCCACCCCCCGCCACGGGCCGCCCCCCUCAUUAAAGGGGAAGAAAGGAU